AUGGCUCUGGCACUGUUGGAGGACUGGUGCAGGAUCAUGAGUGUGGAUGAACAGAAAUCACUGAUGGUUAUGGGGAUACCAGUGCACUGUGAUGAGGCUGAGAUUCAGGAGGUUCUCCAGGACACUUUGAAGGCUCUGGGCAGGUAUAGACUGCUUGGCAAAAUAUUCAGGAAGCAGGAGAAUGCCAAUGCGGUCUUAUUAGAGCUCAUGGAGGAUAUUGAUGUCUCGGUGAUACCCAGUGAGGUUCAGGGAAAGGGGCGGGGGGUCUGGAAAGUGAUCUUUAAGACCCCUAACCAGGACACCGAAUUUCUUGAACGACUGAACGUCUUUCUGGAAAAAGAGAGACAGACAGUCUCGGGGAUGUUCCGAGCCCUCGGCCAUGAGGGAGUGUCUCCGGCCCCCGUGCCCUGUGUUUCGCCAGAGUUAUUGGCUCAUUGGUUGGGGCAGGAGAUAGCACAAGCCCCUCAGCCUCUGCUGCCCAUGAGAUACCAGAAACUGAGAGUGUUCUCAGGGAGUGCCGUGCCCGCCCCCGAGGAAGAGCCCUUUGAAACCUGGUUGGAACAAGCCACUGAGAUCGUCAAAGAGUGGCCGGUAGCAGAGGCAGAAAAGAAACGGUGGUUGAUGGAAAGCCUGCGCGGCCCCGCCCUGGACCUCAUGCAUAUAGUGCAGGCGGACAACGCGGCCAUCAGCGUGGAAGAGUGCUUGGAGGCAUUUAAGCAAGUGUUUGGAAGCCUGGAGAGCCGCAGGACCUCCCAGGUGAAGUACCUGAAGACCUAUCAGGAGGAGGGGGAGAAGGUCUCAGCCUAUGUGUUGCAGUUAGAAACCCUGCUCCAGCGAGCCGUGGAGAAACGAGCCAUCCCCAGGAAUAUCGCAGAUCAGGUCCGCCUAGAACAGGUGAUGGCGGGGGCCAGCCUUAGCGAGGUCCUGUGGUGCAGGCUGAGGGAGCUGAAGGAUCAGGGCCCGCCUCCCAGCUUUCUUGAGCUAAUGAAGGUAAUCCGGGAGGAAGAGGAGGAAGAGGCCUCUUUUGAAAACGAGAAUAUUGAAGAGCCAGAUGAAGGGGAUGGCUAUGGCCACUGGGAUCACGAGGCAGAUGACUAA